UCUUUAUGUCUUUGCCGCAUAUUUCAACUCUCUCUCUCUCUCUUCUCUGUGUGUGUGUCUGUCUAUAUCUCUAUCUCUCUGUCGUUGCAAAUUUCAACUCUCUCUCUCUCUGGUACACACUCAGAUCGAUGGAGCCUAAAACUUUCAUCCAUGAGCACUUACUGAUCCUCGAGGACGUUCAUGAGAGAAAAGGUAAGAAAUCAGUUACGUGCUAUGGAUGUUCUGAAUCAAUCAAUUUUUUUGACCAUGGUUCUGAAUCAAUCUUAGACACUGCAUUUAGUUGUGCCCAGUGUAAAAAUUACUUCUUGCACAAAAGAUGUGCAGAACUCCCCUUGGAGAAUAAAGACACUAGACACCCCCUUCACAGUCUCAUGCUAUAUGAACGUUCGACUAGUAAAUACCGUUCGACUUACAUGUGUAGUGUUUGUAGAAAAAGAUCCACUCAAUUCACCUACUAUUGUUCCCUUUGCCACUUUAAUAUCUGCAUGUUAUGUUUCUUUGGGGAGAACGUGAUCACACACGAGUGUCACGAGCACCCAUUAACCUUUCUAAGUAGGUCAAUCUUGUUCAAUUGUAAUGCUUGCGAACAGACCGAUAAAGAUUCUUCCUAUCUAUGUUACACCUGUAAAUUUUGGAUUCAUAAGAAUUGCGCUUUAUCACCUAGCACUGUUAAGCUUAGUGGUCAUGAUCACUCUCUCAACCUGAUGAACCACGAGCCAUGGAAGUUCAGAAAAUAUGAGGACUCUUGCAAUACAUGUCGUGAGUACAUUAGGGAUGGUUCAUGGGUUUAUCGCUGUUGUGACCAAUGCUGCAAAUAUAUUGUCCAUCUCAAGUGCGCAACUUCAGAGUUGAAGCCAUCGAGAGGAGGGGGAAGUAAGGAUACAGCUAAAAAGAAAAAGGGUAAAGAACAUCUUCCAGACCCUAGUUUGAUUCGCUUACCGAUGGCCGAUGAUUCCGUAGAUAUUAUCACAUAUUUUGUUAAGCAUGUUAGUCACGAGGAGACUAAGAGAGAAACAAUGAUCAAUCAUUGGAGCCAUGACCAUCAAUUAAUCCUUGUCGAGAAGGAAAAUAAGAACGAGAUGAAGGGUGACAAAAUAUUAUGCGAUUGUUGCGUGCAACUAAUCUCACUUCCAUUUUACAUCUGUUCUAAAUGCAAUUAUUUUCUCCACGUAAGUUGUGCAAACUUACAAAGAACAUUGCACCUCCCAUGGCACCCUGAACACCAGGUCCAAUGUUCCCUAUACCCCAAAUUCUAUAGUCUCUUCAAUUGCAAAGGCUGCACGUCAUAUAGCAAUGGAUUCUUCUACAAAUGUGAAAUUUGUAAAUUCUACCUCGACGUCAAAUGUGCUUUCGUUCCCAAUAUUAUUGCACAUAAAGCUCACGAGCCCCAGCUUGUUGAAAUUGACGGUACAAGGGCUAAGUGUCAUGCAUGCAAUUCUACUUCCCGUGGGAUGAGAUUUCGAUGUGAUGCUUGCAAAUUCUAUCUCCACUACAAGUGCGCUCUGCUCCCAUCUACCGUCAAGCAUCGAUGGGACAAUCAUCCCCUUAACCUAAUAUGUUUCCCUAUCAUUAAUCAUCCUGAUGAAUUUUAUUGCGAAUAUUGUGAGGAAGAAAUAAACCCAGAGAAUUGGAUCUACCAUUGUCGUAUUUGUGAUCAGUCUUUUCAUCCCGGAUGCAUUCUUGAUCGAUAUUCAAACGUCAAGUUUGGGGGAACAGUUGAAGUUGAUGACCAUCCACACCCUCUUACGUUUGUGCAAAAGGCAAAAAGGAAUUCCAAGUGCUGUAGAGAUGGUAAGCCAUUUGAUGAUAGUCCUGUAUUCGAAUGUGAAGACUGUAAUUAUACGGUUUGCAAAGGAUGUCUCAAUUUGCUUGUUAAGAAUUCUUAUCGCCCCGUGGAGGAUGGAAUUAUAUGAUUAGUUAGAGCAUUGUUACAAAGUGGUAACUUGACUUCAAAGUUCAUGGAAUCUCACAAGAGAAUCUUGGUAUACACGAUGUGAAUGGUUCACAGGGUUGGAUUUGUAGUCAUGGUUCCAAAAUAUAUGCAGUUGAGAUGGUUCGACAUUACAAGACAAAGUAUUUCAUAAAAAUUCAAAAGGCUAUUAAAGACUAGAGAGAAAAGUGUAUAUGACCUCGAGUUAAUUGUCAAU